AUGCCUGCUGCCGCCCCUGCACCUGCUGUCACCCCACCACCAGACGCCCUCAAGUUCAACGGCCCCGCCCCAGAGAUCAUCAACGGCCGCUUGGCCAUGCUGGGCAUGUUCAUCGUGGCACGCGCAGAAGCCGAGACGGGGCAGACAGCUGUCCAGCUGCUGCAGCACGGGCCGAUAUGGGAGUAUGUGGCGGCAGCGCUGUGGGUGUACGCAUCGAUGGUGCCCAUCCUCAAGGGCGCGCGGCAUGAGGCCUUUGGCUCAUUCACGCCGCAAGCCGAGUUCACCAACGGCCGCGCCGCCAUGAUUGGCUGGGCGGUGCUGCUGUGGCUGGAGAGCAAGGCAGGCGUGCCCUUUUUCUAG